UCUAGCGGAUAGCAUUCAGCUCAGAUACCGUCGAUAUACGACAAACAUGAAGAACCUUAUCAAAAAUGCCGAGACCGCCAGCAGCGCCUGCGAGUGCUACGUUAACACGGCCGAAAUAAUGCAAGGGAGAUGGCAGGAGGAUCCCAGCGAAUGUUUGCGUAACUGCAAGGUGCAGUUUCUACGGACCAUGGCGAAUGGAUGGCAGGAGAACGAGGGAUGGGUUGAGGGGUGCGGGAGUCUCGAACAAGGCGUUCCGGUGCAAGCGUUCUGGUCGCUGUAUUGGUGCGAUUCCACCUUCUGUGGCGUGGGCAUAAACCAGGAGGGAGGACUCGGCCAAGAUCGUGAGUACGGCAUAAUGGGUCUGUGGUAUCUCGCGCUAAGUAAUGUAUAGCGACUGUCGAC